CAGUGCGCACUUCUUAUAAAAGUAUUUAAAGUUGUGUAUAAAGUUACUAGAUCCCGGUGGAUUAUGAGUUAAAGUGAUCCAGUAUGUCGAUCUGGACUCGGGCGGACCGGAGCGGCCAGCUGGACCUGCUGCUGAGGGAGCGCUGGGUCCGGGUAACGGCUCAGCUCAGCCGGGACACUCUGACUCUCACAGCCGGGGGAGAGCAGCACAGCCCCGGCUACAACUCUCCCCCAUCCGCGCUCUCUAACGGAACCGAGCCGAGCAGCCCGAAGCCCGGACACAGUCCCGGAUCGGCCGCGGAGGAUCUACUGGAUCACGGGAUCGCGGAACCGGUGCGCAGAGUCCGGGUAGUGAAACAGGAAUCCGGCGGUUUAGGAAUCAGUAUUAAAGGAGGCCGGGAGAACCGCAUGCCCAUCCUGAUCUCCAAGAUCUUCCCCGGGCUGGCGGCCGACCAGAGCCGGGCACUGCGGCUGGGUGAUGCCAUCCUGUCCGUCAACGGGAACGACCUGCGGGAAGCCACGCACGACCAGGCGGUGCAGGCGCUCAAGAAAGCCGGCAAGGAGGUGACGCUGGAGGUGAGGUAUAUCCGUGAGGUGUCUCCUCUCUUUAAGAAACCCUCGUUGUUAUCAGAGCUGAGUUGGGACGGGAGCGACGAUUCUCCUCAACACAACAGCACCAAGGAUCAGAAGAUCAUCUCCCUCAGGAUGAGCUUCAUCUGCAGGAACCUCACCAUCCCCGACCUGGAGAACAGGUUGUUGGAGCUCAUCUCUCCGGACGGGCAGCACUCGGUGGUACUGCGCUGUAAGGAUGGUGCUACCGCCCACUCCUGGUUCACCUCCAUACACGCCAACAUCGCCGCCCUGCUGCCACACAUACUCACACACAUCAACUCCUACCUGAACUCCUCCAACACACACACACACGCUCCACUCAAACACAUCGGCUGGCUGGCAGAACAGGUGGGCAUGGAAGGUGGGCGGCACCAGUACAGGCCGGUCGUCAUGGCACUUACAGAGAAGGACGUGCUGCUGUUUGAGUCGGUACCGUGGACACGGGAGAGCUGGACCAACCCUCUGUCCACCCACACCCUACUGACCACCAGGUUGGUACACUCGGGCAGUACCCGCGGUUCCCCCUCGCUGGGUUCCGACCUGCUCUUUAUGACCCGGACCGGUUCCACUCGUGGUGUUGAGACUCACGUGUUCCGGGUGGAGACGCACUGGGACCUGUCGACCUGGACACGAGCGCUCGUACAGGGGACGCAUGCCGCCGCCGAACUCAUCAAAGAGGUUUCUAUAGGGUGUGUAUUAAACAGGGAGGAAGUGUGUUUGGUGCUGCACUAUGAAGGAGGAUUCACUGUGCUGAGGGGUGGAGGAGGACCGGGAGCUGGUGGAGGUUCUCCUGCAGGGGGCGCGGUGCUCCUGCAUUACCCCUAUGAAAAACUGCGCAGUUCUGCAGACGAUGCAGUCAGACACCUCUACCUCGACUUCGGGGGUCCAGAGGGGGAACUGGUGUUUGAUCUGCACUCCAACCCAAAGCCGGUGGUGUUUGUUCUCCACUCCUUCCUGUCGGCCAAACUGGCGCGACUGGGACUGAUCACGUGAUUCCAAAACCUGAUCCCAGACCCCAAACCCCCUCCCACAGUUCUGCCUCUCAUUACCAAACCAAUUUCCUCAACUCACUUCAGAAACAGUGUGUGUGUGAGAGAGAGAGAGAAUAUGUGUGUGUGUGUGUGUGUGAGAGAGAGAGAGAGAGAGAGAGAAUAUGUGUGUGUGUGUGUGUGUGUGUGUGUGAGAGAGAGAGAGAGAGAGAGAGAGAGAGAGAAUAUGUGUGUGUGUGUGUGUGUGUGUGUGUGUGUGUGAGUGUUGAGUUCAGGUUAACCACAUGUGCCUUGUCAUAUGUAAGCACAGAAAAACAUGUAAACAUAGAAAAGCUUUGCUAAAUAUGCAAAAAAGUAUUAUUGUGUGUGUGUUACGUACUUCAGACUGUUAGUGUCUCUGGUGUGUGAUGGUUCAGGGUGUUGGGUGGUGCAGGACUACAAGUGUAGUUCACUUACAUUCCUACCUGUUGCUUAUUAACCCCUUUAGAUCCACCGUAACCUCCAACUAAACCGGGUCUCAUAAACCGGGUCUCCACCUGGUAGUAACCAGGAACUAAACCAGUUACUUCAGUUGGAAGUGAUUGUAUCUUUGAUUGGUGGAUUUGAACCAGUGUUUAAUAUUAAUUAGUAAAUAAAGUGUUUCGGGUUCUGAAGGGGUUCAAUAUUCCACAUGAUCAGAUUUUCCACCUCAGUGUCGUGUGAUCCGUGUCCCGUGUAGGUUCAUCCUGAUAAUUGAUUAGUUGCUGUAUCAUGUUGCUCAGCAGUUUUGUUAUUAGACAUUCCAAAGGAUCUUCUCGUUCAGGUAGCAUGUAGCUCACUCGCUAGCUAGUGUGGGUGUAGCGCUGCCCCGUCUGCACUUAAAAUCAUACCAGUUUUUACAUUCCUCACUGAGCCUUUUAGAAUCAGCACUUCUGUAUCUGCACUUCUGUAUCUGCACUUCUCCUCCCGAUCGUCUGAACAGCUUUGACGUCAAUGUUCGGUGUAACGAAGCUCUUAUGAUGAGGAGGAAACGUGUUUAGUUCUUUAUAUAUCCAACAACAAACGUUCAGAAAUAAAUGGACGCAUCAGUACUAGUGAAGAAUCUGCUUGUUCUCGUUCAUGCGGCCUCUGAUGCUGAAGUUGAUGAAGUAUUAUUAAACCUUAUUAUUAUUAAUCUGAACCUCCAACCUGAUCUGACCAAAGAUGUAACCGUCUCCUCAAGAACUUCAGGAUUAUGACUUUCAGUCGUCUUGAUUCACGUUCUGUCUGGUCCUUUCUUCCUCUUCUGUGCAGUAACGACUUAAAUCGACUUUAAUUUGAUUAAUUCUUGUAUAAAAUCUGUUCCAGACCCGUCCGUCUGAACACCCUGCACACACACCACACAUGCCAGUAUUACGUACUCAGAGAUGAUGAAUGUAUGUUCUAUUUGUACUCACCGAGUCCUAUACAUUUAUUAUAUUUUAUACUUUAUCUAUAAAUGUCUUUAUAAUCAAAGCUGUUUUUUAGUUAAACUAGUUUUUAUAGCUUUUUGGCACCAUACUUUUGUGGCAGCUUUGCGUUCACACAAUCAACUAAACCAAAGCCGAGAGAAUUUUACUAGAGAGCGCCACGCUGCUGCAGAAUUCUAUAGAAUUUAUUCUUUUUAAAGUUCUGCACUCUUAUUAAAAUAUGCAACAUAAAGUUCUGUUUAUAUAAUGUGUAUAAAAUAUAUUUACAAGCUAUAAUAAUAAACUAGUGUUACACA